AUGGCAUCUACUGAAUCUAAAGAUCCAUCGCCAUCUACUACCUCUACCCCGCCUACAAGACGUGCCUACAAAGGCUCCUGCCACUGCGGAAAAACGCAAUACAUCACCUACCUAACCCUCCCACCCCCCACCAUCUCAGCCACCGACACCACCACAACCCGUUUCCGCAAAUGCAACUGCUCAACCUGCCACAAAACCGCCUUCUUCCACGUUCGCGUGCCCCACGAACCCGAAGAUUUCCUGCUAUUAGCCCCUCGCAAUCCGUUCGCGGAUCUAGCCGAUUACACGUGUUUCGAGUCGCGCAUCCAUUGGUUUUUCUGUGGGACGUGUGGGGUGCGAUGUUUUGCUUUUUCGGGAGAGGGGGAGGAACGCGAGGUGGAUGUGGAGGGGGAGAAGAGGAUGGUUUGGAGUGCCAAACGAGAGGGGUGGGUGAAAGGUACUAGUGCCAAGGGGUUUGAUUAUCUGACUGUUAACGGGGUGACGAUCGAGCCGGGACAGGAGGGCUUUGAUAUGAGGGAGUGGAUGGAGAAGGGCUGGAUUGCGUAUUUGGAUGUUAAGGAUGAAGUUGGGGAGCCGCGGCUUCGUCGUCCUUAUGAUGGUGGGGCUUACUGA